UAGAGACCAGCCAGUUUGGAAUUUUUCAAACCAGCUGAAUUUAAUUCGUCUAAUAUGAUAUUUGUUGUCCGAACCCUACCAAAACUGAUGGUCUGAAAAUACUACUAAAAUUACCAAAAAGUAAAAUACACCAAACAGCUGUCAAUUUAAUUAAAUUUGUAACAUAGCAACACCGGUUCUUUUUUAUGUCAACGGGUAAAGGGAAUAUCCAUCCAAGAUGGGUAAGAUUAUGAAGCCGGGGAAGGUUGUGCUGGUGCUGAGCGGGCGCUACGCCGGCCGCAAGGCGAUCGUGGUGAAGAACUACGACGAGGGCACGUCGGACAAGCCGUACGGACACGCGUUCGUGGCCGGCAUCGACAGGUACCCGCGUAAAGUGCACAAGAGGAUGGGCAAAAACAAAAUCCACAAGCGCUCCAAGAUAAAGCCUUUCGUCAAAGUUGUCAACUACAACCACCUGAUGCCAACCCGUUACUCGGUAGACUUCAGCUUCGAGAAGUUCAGUGCAAAGGACCUGAAAGACCCCGCCAAGCGCAAGAAGCUGCGUUUUAACACAAGGGUGCGCUUUGAAGAGAGAUACAAGAGCGGUAAGAACAAGUGGUUCUUCCAAAAGCUUAGGUUCUAAGGUGUAAUUUUAAAAAAUAAACAUUACUUAUGUAAUGCAA